GGCUGCAUAUGCGGACAAAUUCAUUCGAUUGAUUUUUUUUUGGUGGAAUGUGGAGUGAUAUCAUGCGGAUACUUGCGCUGCUUCUCGGGGUUAAAGCCGCCUGCGUCCUGCUGGUGUCCUCGCUCUCUGGCACGGGAGCGGUUAACAAUAGCGGCCGGUGGUGGGGCAUAGUGAACGUGGCCUCCUCGGCCAACCUGCUGACCCAGUCCAAGAGCGUGCAGCUGGUGCUGGACCCCAGCCUGGCCCUGCUGAGCCGCCGGCAGCGCCGCCUGAUCCGCCAGAACCCCGGAAUCCUGCACGCCAUCGUGGCCGGCCUGCACACCGCCAUCAAGGAGUGCAAGUGGCAGUUCCGCAACCGCCGCUGGAACUGCCCCACCACGCACAGCCCCACCGUCUUCGGCAAGCUCGUUAACCGAGGUUGCCGAGAGACGGCGUUUGUCUUCGCCGUCACCAGCGCUGGCGUGACGCACGCGGUGGCCCGCUCGUGCUCCGAGGGCGCCAUCGAGUCGUGCACCUGCGACUACCGGCGCCGGGGCCCCGGUGGGCCCGACUGGCACUGGGGCGGCUGCAGCGACAACGUGGACUUCGGACGGGUGUUCGGGCGCGAGUUCGUGGACGCCAGCGAGCGAGGGCGCGACCUGCGCUACCUGACCAACCUGCACAAUAACGAGGCCGGGAGACUGACGGUGGCGACAGAGAUGCGUCAGGAGUGCAAGUGCCACGGCAUGUCAGGCUCCUGCACCAUCCGCACGUGCUGGAUGCGGCUGCCCAGCUUCCGCACAGUGGGCGACUACCUCAAGGACCGCUUCGACGGCGCCUCGCGCGUGCUCUACGCCAACCGCGGCAGCAACCGGGCGUCGCACCGCGCCACCGAGCCGCGCCACCUGCAGCCCGAGAACCCCACGCACAAGCCGCCCUCGUCGCGCGACCUCGUCUACUUCGAGAAGUCGCCCAACUUCUGCUCGCUCAACGGCAAGCACGGCACGCACGGCACGUCCGGGCGCACGUGCAACAGCUCGUCGCCGGGCCUGGACGGCUGCGAGCUGCUGUGCUGCGGACGCGGCUACAAGACGCACGCCGAGAAGGUGACGGAGAGGUGCCACUGUACUUUCCACUGGUGCUGCCACGUCAGCUGCCUCAACUGCACCAGCACGCAGACGCUGCACCAAUGCCUCUGACCAACCAGAACCAGCAGCGCUGUACAGCUGUUCACAGCACAGCAGUGAGUGCACACACAGCACUCCAACAAGUGCAUCGGACAUCAACAGUGCAGACGUCGUUGCACCAGUGCCUCUGACCAACCACCAGCACUUCACAGCUGUGUUGUGCUUCUCUCCAACAUCACACAGACGCUGCACCAGUGCCUCUGACAUAGCCUGAUUAUCAUCGACUUUCAAAUCUCUUCGAGACCUGGUCUGACCAAGAGUAUAACAAUUAACAUUUCCCAAACAGCAUGGUUGACCUGCCUACCUAUGGUUUGCUACUGGUUGACUGGUUUCUGACAAAGUGGGUGGAGUUCCGAUUUUUCGGGAGAUCAGAAACGAUGCUUUCAUUUCUCUUGGCCUGACUAAAAGCAACAUUGAAAGUGUUGCGUCACUAGGAGGGCGUGGCCUGGCUUCCUCUGACCAGCCACCAGAACUGCGGAGCACUAUCGGUUCCGAAUAAGUUGGUUACCCCCCCACACCCUAGUGCAGACAUGCUACAGCAAUGAGUGGUCAAUUUCAUAUAACCAGAGCAUGGAUACACUGCAAAAAAUGUUGGGCCCCAUGAAAGAUUCAAAUUGUGGGCCCCCAAAAUGACAAAUUACCGGUAUAUGUCAUCAGGAUCCUUCCAGGGGCCCUGUCAGUGCUGUCGGGCCCUUAGAAUCUGCAACACCCGCAUUGUAAGACUCUUCAUCAGAGCCUUGUAAGUCAGGACAGACCUUGAAAUAGUGCCUCUAACAGCAGCAAUGCAGGAAGCACACCAGCACAGACAGUCCAUCACUGCCUCUGACCAUCAACAAUGCAGACACUGCCGCAUCAGUGUCUCUGAUCCCAGUGACCGCAACAGGGACAGAUGAGGACACACUAGUGAACAUAGACACUGUGCACCAGUGGCUGAACUGCACAGCACAGCACAGCAGUGCACACACAGCACUCCAACAAGUGCAGCGGACACCACGAAGAAUGCAGACAGACACCGCACAAGUGCCUCUGUCCCUGGCAAGACAGACAUUGCACCAGCUCCCAGAGCAUACGCUAGUCUCUCACAACAAGCAACAGCAGGAUUGCCGUCGGGGUAAGGGGCUGGCUGAGAAAGGCAGAGGAGCAAACAAAACAAUACAAACGAUAGCAGACGUGCUGUGCUGUGCUGUGCUGUGAACUCCUGGAAGAAGCAGUAUCUGGGCGUGCAUAUUUAAGGUCAAAACGAGUAAAUGAAGUCAAUGGUUUUGACGCAGGACAGCUUACGUUGGACCGAUGUCAAGGUAGCACCAGCGAACAACAGCUUUUCACAAGGGUUUGUGGGUAAUCAGAAGUGAAGGCGUUCAUAUGAGCUGAGCACGCAGAAAAACAGGAGGAGGCCUUAUUUUUUAGGAAUUUACACAUUUUUGGGGUUUUUGAGAAGAGCUGUUUACCCCGUCUUACCGGGUUACUCUGAGUUUAUGUCCCCAUUAGCGUUAGGGCGCUCAAUGUGGUUAUAAUCAGGAGAGAUGGACAAUUUUUUCUCAGACGACGUAAACUCUCCUUCCUGGCUUUCAACACAUUUCAAAUCAUGAAGUGCAAAAGUGCUUUUCCAAGAGAGACUUUUUAGUGAUAUGAAUGUUUCCUUCCUAGAGCAAUGAUCUGCUUUGUGAGUCUCAUGGAAAUGGGUAAGCCUAUAGUAUUUCUUUA